AGCCGCGCCCCUCGUGUCACAUGACCGGAAACGAUGGAGGCGGCCAAGAUGGCGUCCCCCAAGAGCGCCCCUAAAGAUGCGCAGGUGAUGGCGCAGAUCCUCAAGGACAUGGGCAUCACCGAGUACGAGCCGCGCGUCAUCAACCAGAUGCUGGAGUUCGCCUACAGAUACGUCACCACCAUCCUGGAGGACGCCAAGAUCUACUCGAGCCACGCCAAGAAGUCGAGCGUGGACGCGGACGACGUGCGGCUGGCGAUCCAGUGCCGCACCGACCAGUCCUUCACAUCGCCCCCGCCCCGCGACUUCCUGCUGGACAUUGCCCGCCAGAAGAACCAGACGCCGCUGCCGCUGAUCAAGCCGUACUCGGGCCCGCGGCUGCCGCCCGACAGGUACUGCCUGACUGCCCCCAACUACCGCCUGAAAUCCCUGCAGAAGAAGGUCUCCUCCACAGCAGGCAGGAUCACAGUCCCUCGCCUGAGCGUGGGCGCCGUGAGCAGCAGGCCCAGCACUCCCACUCUGGGCACCCCCUCAGCCCAGACCGUGUCGGUGUCAGCCAAGGUGGGCGCGCCGGUGUCGCUGGCGGGGCAGCGCUUCACGGUCCAGAUCCCGUCCUCACAGCCGGCUGGGAAAUCAGCCACUCCCACCACUCCCACGGUGCAGAACGUCCUGAUCAACCCCUCCCUGAUCGGCCCCAAGAACAUCCUGAUCACCACCAACAUGGUCCCGCCCGGCGCCGCCGACCCCAACCCGCUCAAGAGGAAGCACGAGGACGACGACGACUACGACGCCUUGUGAGGGCCCUCAGCCCUUCCUUGGGAUUCAUGGAGCCUUUCCAUGGGAUUCAGGGAGUCUUUCCAUGGGAUUCAUGGAGCUUUUCCUGGGGGAUUCAUGGAGCCCUUCCAUGGGAUUCAUGGAGCCCAUCCCAUGGGAUUCACACAGACUCCAGGGGGUGGGAAUGGGCAGGCCCCGUUUGGGCCUUGGGAGUGUGGAAAUAAAGUGCAGAGUGUUUGUAACCUGG